UCAACCUCAUGACGGUCUCAAGUCCCCAGCAUCACACUCCAUUACUGGACUCUCAUCAAUUCAUGACUCUGAACUCCAAAAUUUAUACACAAAAUUCCAGAUAUAUUAUUUCCCUCUUAAUCACCCAAAACUCUCAGAUAUACAUUUAGGCCUAAAAUCCCUCGAUAUUUCUCUUCACCGCAAUAAUAUUAAUGACCAUCUCAAAUCAUCUGAUAUCUCUCUUGGCACACCCAAAUCUCUAAUAUCACCCUUUAUUCCCAAAUCAUUUGAUAACCCUUUUAAUCGGCGGUACGACAAUUGCGGAUACGCAGGUGCAGAUACGACGAUUGCGGAUAUAAAAUUUUUAAGAUGUUUAAGAUUUUUUAAAGUUUUCAGUGCCACAUCUGUCUAAAAAUGAUUCGGAAACCGUCAGAUGAAACUGACAGCCGGGACAAAAACGGAAUAUCAUUUCAAUCAUUUUUAAUCCGUAAUUGUCGCAUUCGCACGUGCGUAUCCGCAAUUGUCGUAACACCUUUUAAACACCCAAAAGCCCAGAAUCACCCUUAGACUCCAUUCCUUUGAAAUUUUAGACUCUAAUCCUUAGUCGCCCCAAAUCAAAGAUAACACCAUUUAUCCCCCAAAAUCUUCAAACAUCUCUUUUAAUCAUCUUAAUCACCAUCCCAAAUCCCCUGAUAUAUCACCAUCCGAAAUCCCUUUUUACACCUCCCAGUUAUCACACUUUAUCUCCCAAAACUCAGAUAUUAACCAAAAGUCCCAAAAUCCUCUGUUAUCCCUCUUUAACAUACUUAAAUCAUAGGUAUCACCAAUUAUUUUCAGAAUCUCUAAUACCUCUUAUCACCCAAAAUCCUUUUCCCAAACUCACUUGAUAUUUUACUUAAUCACCCUCACUUCCAACUAUCACUCCUUACCAAAACCCAUCUAUUACCCUUUGACCCCCAAAUCCUCUGUUAUUCUUUUUAAUUAUCGCUAAAAUCAUCUGAUAUCUCUCUUAAUCACCCCAAAAUCUCAUAUAUCAUCCUUGCUACCCUCCAGUUAAAAUACUCUAACCCUCACUUUUAAUUCACCCUAACUCUGGAAAUCUUGUUUUAUUCCUCUGUUAUACGUCUUUAAUCCUCUCCCUACCUCCCAAACGCGUCAUAUCAUUUUUUACUAUCACCUUUUGUCCUCUAACUGCUAUACAUUAAACAUUCCCAAAUCCUCCGAUUCACUAAUCUCCUCAAAUCACAAAAUAUCCCUGUUAAUUUCUUCGCCUAUAUCACCCCAAAUUACCACAAAUCCCACUUUUGAAUCUUUUUUUCAUAAAAAAUACACCUUUUAUUCCAAUCAAAACAUUCGAUAUCACCCUUUAUCCCAAAAUCCCCAAAUAUCCCUGUUAAUACCAAAAAUACACGAUAUCACCCUUAAUCCUUGUUAUUCUUAUUAAUCCCCUCAUCCUGAUAUCAUAUUUUAUCACCCACUAUCCUCCCAAAACACCCGAAAACUUUUUAUUUCCAAACUCCCAUUACCUUUAACACUUAAUUCAUCUUAUUCUAUCUCAAAUCCCCCUAUAUCACUCAUUUUUCCCAUGACUAAAAUAUCACUCAUUAUUUUCAAAAUCCCAGAUAACAUUCUUUAGUUUCCCAAAUCCACCGAUAUCACCUUUUAAUCCAUAAAUCCUCGGUAUCCCUUUUUUAUUUUUUAUAAGACUCAAUUCCCACAUCCCCAAAAAUCUUUUUCUACCCCAAAUUAAACGAUAUCUUUCUAAAUUCCCUGAUAUAGAACCAUAAAUACCCUUUAAUCUUUUAAUCACUCGAUAUCC